UUUUUUUUUUUUUUUUAAAAAAAAAAAAAAAAAAAAAAAGCUCUGAUGAGUAGCCUAUAAAAACUGCGUGUUGCCCAAGAUUCAUCCUAUUUGGCAGCUGCUGCCUUAUCCACAGCUUCUGAGAUCUAGGAGGACUCUCCUUUCCCAAACUACUUAUCACCAUGGCCCAUCAAUUUCCAGCUCUCACCCCAGAACAGAGGAAGGAGCUCUCAGAAAUUGCCCAGCGCAUUGUUGCCAAUGGGAAGGGGAUUCUGGCUGCAGAUGAGUCUGUGGGCACCAUGGGGAACCGCCUGCAGAGGAUCAAGGUGGAGAACACAGAAGAGAACCGCCGGCAGUUCCGAGAAAUCCUCUUCACUGUGGACAACUCCAUCAACCAGAGCAUCGGGGGUGUGAUCCUUUUCCACGAGACUCUCUACCAGAAGGACAGCCAGGGAAAGCUGUUCAGAGACAUCCUCAAGGAAAAGGGGAUCGUGCUGGGAAUCAAGUUAGACCAAGGAGGAGCUCCCCUUGCAGGAACAAACAAAGAAACUACCAUUCAAGGGCUUGAUGGCCUUUCUGAACGCUGUGCUCAGUAUAAGAAAGAUGGUGUUGACUUUGGGAAGUGGCGUGCGGUGCUGAGAAUUGACAAGCAGUGUCCAUCCCACCUUGCUAUCCAGGAAAAUGCCAAUGCCCUGGCCCGCUAUGCCAGCAUCUGUCAGCAGAAUGGGCUGGUACCCAUUGUUGAACCAGAGGUAAUUCCUGAUGGAGACCAUGACAUGGAACACUGCCAGUAUGUUACUGAGAAGGUCCUGGCUGCUGUCUACAAGGCUCUGAAUGACCAUCAUGUUUAUUUGGAGGGCACUCUGUUGAAGCCCAACAUGGUGACUGCUGGACAUGCCUGCACCAAGAAGUAUACUCCAGAGCAAGUGGCAAUGGCCACCGUCACAGCCCUGUACCGUACUGUUCCUGCAGCUGUUCCUGGCAUCUGCUUUUUAUCCGGUGGCAUGAGUGAAGAAGAUGCUACUCUCAACCUCAAUGCUAUCAACCUUUGUCCUCUACCAAAGCCCUGGAAACUAAGUUUCUCUUAUGGACGGGCCCUGCAGGCCAGUGCACUGGCUGCCUGGGGUGGCAAGGCUGCAAACAAGAAGGCAACCCAGGAGGCUUUUAUGAAGCGGGCUCUGGCUAACUGCCAGGCAGCCAAAGGACAGUAUGUUCACACGGGCUCUUCUGGUGCUGCUUCCACUCAGUCGCUCUUCACAGCCUGCUAUACCUACUAGAACCUGAGGCCAACCAGCCUCUCUCUCAGGCUUGUAGGUAUCUUGGUAGGAGGGCUGAAAGGGAACAACAGCCUUUCAGCUGAACCUGGACAGUAGCUAAAAUUAGACUGGAACUACUGGAAACACAAUGCAUGUUAAGUUCUUAGACACAAAGAAAAAAAAAUCAGUUAUUGAAACAUAGAUCUGGAUAUCAAGAAUCUGAUGAAAUUUCACACAGUGGUUUCCCUACAACACUUCCAACUCUCCAUGCCCCAGAGCAUCCAUCUAAGAACAGACUUUAAAACAAAAUAAGCUCUCCAUCCAAAUAACCAAUGAAAUACCUCUUAAGCUGAGUGCAGAGAAGUGUGUCUCAUUAAGCAAUUUUAGCAGUAGGUUAUGAAGGAGACAGCUGCAACCAAAAAAGAAAUAAAAUGUUCUACAAGCAUUCAGUUUGUAUUAGGUUUUACUUUCUGCUCUUGCUUUAAAAAUGCUUAAUAUAUUCCAUUACCUUUGACUCUACUAGGCAUACCUGACGUUAGUGGUCUAUCCUCAACUUUGGUUACUCCUUGGAAUAACCUGGCAAAAUUUAAAAACACGGAUGCUCACACUCUAGCCAAGUCUUAGAACUACCAAGGUUGAGGUCUUUUAGAAAUGAAAGCCAUUCAAAAUAUGAAGCAAGCUACAAUGUAAAAUGAUUUCAAACAACAUGUGGAGUAUAAUAAAAAAUCACUGUGACUUUGA